CCUAAUGCGGAGGUGGGAUCUUAGCUACCGUCCAUCUUCAGCUAAAUUACAUUGAACGAGCUUGUCGGAAAGAAAACCCAAUUUGGAAGUAAAGAAGACUUUGUGGAAUAAGUUUUGGCUGUUAUUGAAAAAAGAAAAACGAAAGCCCAUAUCAUAGCUAACUUUGUGACAGACGGAAUGUGGACAUCGUCGUAGUCAGAGCCAUGGCUGACAAGAGAAAACUUCAAGGUGAGAUUGACAGAUGUUUGAAAAAAGUAGCUGAAGGUGUAGAACAGUUUGAAGAUAUUUGGCAAAAGCUUCACAAUGCGGCCAACGCCAACCAGAAGGAGAAAUAUGAGGCUGACCUCAAGAAAGAGAUUAAAAAGUUACAGCGACUGAGAGAUCAGAUAAAGACUUGGGUCGCCUCCAAUGAGAUCAAAGACAAACGGCAGCUCGUGGAGAACCGCAAGCUCAUCGAGACGCAAAUGGAGCGGUUCAAAGUGGUGGAGCGGGAAACAAAAACAAAGGCCUACUCCAAAGAAGGCUUAGGACUGGCUCAAAAAGUAGAUCCAGCUCAGAGGGAAAAGGAGGAGACGGGCCAAUGGCUAACGAAUACGAUAGACACGCUAAACAUGCAGGUGGAUCAGUUUGAAAGCGAGGUGGAGUCCCUUUCGGUUCAAACGCGAAAGAAGAAGGGCGACAAAGAGAAGCAGGAUCGAAUCGACGAGCUCAAGCGCCUGAUCGAGAGGCAUCGAUUCCACAUCCGCAUGUUGGAGACCAUUUUACGCAUGCUGGACAACGACUCGGUGCCGGUGGACGCCAUACAGAAGAUCAAAGAUGACGUGGAGUACUACAUCGAUUCUUCUCAAGACCCGGAUUUUGAAGAGAACGAGUUCCUGUAUGACGACUUGGACCUGGAAGACAUCCCCGCAGCGUUAGUGGCAACCUCCCCAUCAGGUCAAGGCAACGUGGAAGAUGAGAUGUAUCUCCACUCCAGCAGCACUCCCACUUCCACCACCUCCUCGUCACCCAUCCCUCCAUCGCCGGCCACUUGCGCUGCCGAGAACUCAGAGGACGAUAAGAAAAGGGGCCGGUCGACAGACAGUGAAGUUAGUCAGUCGCCGGUUAAAAACGGCACGCCCUCCCUGCUGUCCUCCUUCUCUUCUUCCACCACCUCCGGCUCCUCCUCGUCCUCAUCCCUCGUGUCCAUGGCGAGCGUCGUCGGAGGCGUCCCUGUGGUUCCGACGAGCAGCGGCCUGAUAGGAAGCUUCAGCAGCGCCGUGCAACAGCAUCAGCAUCCGCCUCCACCGCAGCAGCAGCAACCUCAACCCCAGAACCAAUCACAGCCGCAGCCGCCUCUGUCGAAACCCUCAGCACCUUCAAACAGCGCCCCCAGUCCGCCCAACAGCGCCCUGCUCCCGGCAUCCACUGCCCCGUCUCUGCCUACGCCCACCACGCCCAUUUCAUCAGCUGCCAAUUCCCUGUCUCAACCCCCGUCUGGGUCCAGCCCUGGCUCCGCCUUGGGACUCGGGCUGGGAUUGGGGUUGGGCAAAGGUGGCCUCACGGGGACCAGCAGUGCCAACCAGAUGUCGGGUUUGGGCCUCGGCGGCCACCCCAGUACCCUCAGCACGAUGGCCGGGCUCAUUUCAGGGUCUACGCCCGCCCCUUACGCACAGGCAGCGGCGUCGGGCGGCUUGGGUCUGAGUAGCACCACGCCGUCCAGCAUUUCAGUGGAGAGCAACACUUCCAUCACCACCUCCGGCUCCAGUGGAGUCACCACCAACGGGGCGGCGACGGGACUCGGCCUGCUGGGCUCCAGCCCGGCUCACAGCUCGCUGAGCAGCAGUAUUUUGGGUUUGGUUUCCGGUCAAAGCGCCCCCUCCGCCGCCUCUCAGGUGCCCCCCAGUUCCGUCGGCGCUUCUCCCGGAGUGGUCGGCAUGAUGGGAGGCAAUGGCGGCGGCGUGGGGAUGGUCGGAGGGGUGAGUGCCGCACCCGCCCGACCCCCCAGCGGACUCAAGCAAAACGGAAGCACAAGUUACAGCGCCGUGGUGGCGGAAAGUUCCACAGAAUCCGCUCUCAGCACACCCGGCCAGUCUCAGAGCAGCCAGCCCUCGUCGCUCAGCUCCUCAGCCAGUCAGCCGUUGGACAACGGCCCCAGUUUAAUCAGCUCCAUCACCCUGCCCCCCAGCUCCCCGUCGCCUUCCUUCUCGGACAGCACGCCCGGCGGAGGGAGCCUCCUCAACGGGCCCCACUCUUACACGCAGGCCUCAGAGGGCCUCAAGGCUCCCGAACCUCUCAUUUCCUUGAAGGCCAUGGCUGAGCGGGCGGCCCUGGGAUCAGGACUGGACGGCGAGAUUCCCAACCUGCACCUGACAGAGCGAGGUCGGAACGCUUCCUCACUUUCACUUUCGUGCAUGCGCUAAAUACCACCUGACAUACAACUUACUGGGCGUAGACCGCCACGGCGUAUCCCGCCAGACGCCACCCGUGUCAUUGCGAGAACGCCUUGUUGACUCGCUC